AUGUUGUCGCACUCGACACAGCUGCAAGCCGUCGCAAAACUGUACACUUCUCAGUCCAAACGUCUCUUCUCGUCGUCCACACUCCUCAAAGUCGAAUUGGCAUAUCAGUUGAUUGAGCCAUCGGCGCAAGACAAAAAGCGUGAUGGACAGCCUAUCGUGUUUAUGCAUGGGUUCAUGGGGAACAAGCUGAACAAUCGCACACUGGCACGAGAUUUGAAUCGCGAUAUCUACAUUGUGGACCUUCGAAAUCAUGGCGAUUCCCCACACGCGCCAGAACACACAUACACCCAUCUCGCCGAAGAUGUGUCUGAUUUCAUCAAGCAACACCGUCUGGGAAAGACCGUCCUGAUGGGGCACUCAAUGGGUGCCAAAGCUGCCAUGGUCCUUGCUCUGCAAUCGCCCGAGACUGUUACGGCGCUGAUUCCCGUCGACAAUGCGCCUGUAUCCGCCAUGCUGGGCUCCCCAUUCAAUGACUACGUCAAAGGCAUGAAAGAAAUAUCCGAAGCCCGCGUAACAAAGCAGAGUGAAGCUGACAAAAUACUGGCCAAAUACGAACCGUCCCUCGCAAUUCGGCAAUUCCUCCUCACAAACCUAAUUCGCGACCCUUCAAACGACAACAAAACCCUCAAAUUCCGCGUACCGCUCGACACUCUAGGGUCAAACCUCGGCGAAAUGGCCGAUUUCCCCUGGAAAUUCGACCGCGAAAAUGCCGCCAACAACGCAGAUCUCCCAACGUACACCGGUCCAACGCUGAUUGUGCGUGGGUUGCAGUCCAAAUACGUCAGUCAGAAGAGGUUACCGGCCGUGAAGCAUUUCUUCCCCAAUGCUCAGAUUGCGGGUAUUGAUGCGGGCCAUUGGGUGAUUUCGGAGAAGCCGGAGGAGUUUCGGCAGGCGGUGAUCAAGUUCUUCCGUGAGAACGAUAUUGAGUAA